AUGUUUUGUCUAUCGAAGCUGCUUAAUGGAUUGACUGUUGCGCCAUUGCGUCCGCGGUCGCUUAAAAGCCUCCCAUCAAUGCGUGCGUUAAGUGUACAAAAACACGGAGAUGAUGAUGAUGUGGAGCUCGAAGUGGACGAUCAAGAGUUACACUGGAAUGAUCUGGACAAACUGAACGAAAAUGUGAGCUAUAAUGUGGAGGAGCACGUGAAGCAAAAGGUACGCAUACGUCGCGCACAGCACUCGAAGCGCCGCUUUGUCGACCGCAUUCGCAUCAAGGCCACAGGUGGUCACGGUGGCAACGGUUGUGCGAGCUUUGUUGCCGAGUCAACGACGCGUAAGCGUCCUAAUGGAGGACACGGCGGUGCAGGAGGUGACGUGAUAAUUGAAGCCAACGAUAAAGUGCAGAAUUUAGCAAAUGCUACUCAUCAUUUUAAAGGUGAAUCAGGCACCAACGGCAUGCCAAACGAUUCUGCUGGAAAGAGAGGCAAGUAUUGUUACGUUAAGGUUCCAUGUGGCACACUCGUUAAGCGUGUCGAACGUUACGAGCGUGAAAUGGAUACUGGCGAGUAUGAGGUUGUGGACAGAAUGGAGGUUGUGGCUGACCUGGACAAACCAGGUACAACUUUUUUGGCUGCAAAAGGGGGUAAACCUGGACUAGGUAACCGCAUUUUGGCUGGCAAGACGACCAAAUCUGGACGACUACGCAAACUAAUGCCUGAAAACAAGACGAGAGGGUCGCCUGGUACAUCGCAGUAUUACGAGCUGGAGCUCAAAACCAUUGCUGAUGUUGGACUUGUGGGAUAUCCUAAUGCUGGCAAAUCUACCUUGCUCAGUGUGCUGAGUCGUGCUACUCCUGCGAUUGCACCAUACCCUUUUACCACACUUCAUCCGUACGUGGGCAUUGUGGAGUUUCCAGACACAUAUCGGCUGAGUGUGGCGGACAUUCCAGGACUGAUUGAUGGUGCGCACCGCAAUGUCGGUCUAGGACACGACUUUUUGCGCCAUAUUGAACGAACAAAGAUUUUGAUGUAUGUGCUUGAUACAGCAGGUUCUGAAGGACGAGAUCCUUUAGUUGAUUUCAACCACUUACAACGAGAGCUGGAGCUGUACGCUCCUGGAAUUUCCUCGCGGCCUUCUCUUAUCGUUGCGAACAAGAUGGAUGAGCAAGGAAAGCUGCGACAAUCAACCGAUCUCGCUGUACUUCCAGUCAGCGCAUUGCAUAGAGUCGAUAUUGAUACGGUAGCGCGCACACUUCGAUGGAUGAUUGAGAACGAUAGCUAG